ACCAAUGUGUUUACAUUGGAGAUAAAAAUCGAUUGUGUAUUCUGUUCAGGUAGGAAUGCUCAGGGGACAUUAAUAUAUGGUAUUUUACCUACAUCAUGCAGGCAUAUCGAUUAGCACCAGUGGUAACGAGAAGUGAUAAUUAAUUAUGAAACGUGAAGAUUGUACCUUAGGGAAAUAAAUUAUUUAUUGCAAUAUAUCUUGUCAGAGAUGGAUGAUCAGCUGAGAACACCAUCUCCUGGGUGGGGAUCUGGAUCUAGGACUCCAUCACCAGCAUCCAGAACUCCUUCUCCUUCUGGUCAUCUGAGGACUCCAUCACCACCAUUCAGAGGACAUAAAACACACAGUGUCAUCAGACCACACUCCUCUAAGCCAAAAAAGCAGAUUAAUUCUACAGAGGAUGAGGUACCAGUCAGACAUAUGCCAAAGUUACGCAGGCCAUGGACAGCACAUGUUAAAUCUUCAGGGUCACAAAAAGUAGCAAGAAAAACUUCAAAAAAAAUCUCUCGCAAGACUCCAACUCGAACAGAAAUUACAUUUGAAACAAAAGAUGUGCCCAUUCCAAGGAAAGAGAAAUCUCCAAGAUCCUCACCAAAAUCAUUUUCUGUUGAACAGUUUUUGCUUCGUACGCCAAUGGCAAAGCAUAAUGAAGAAAGUGAUAGAGCAGAAAAAAAUCAUACCACUUUGGAUGGUGGUGUUAAAACACUUGUGUCAGAAGAAAAUGAAAAUGAUGGUGAGAGUUGGGCAAUUACAAAUGCAUAUGAAAAUGGCACAGAUGGUAAACAGAAAAAGAAACAUCCAACAUAUGAAUCCUGGCUAGCUGGGUCUCCACAUGACUCAGAUGAAUAUGACACAGACUUAGAGGCUGAUGUUCAGAAAGCUAUCCUGGAUUUGGAAAUAGAAGAAAUUAAAAAGCAACGAAAGAAAAUUUCAGUUGACGAAAAGAAAGAGUUGGACCCAACCGGAAAAACUGCAUACAAUGAAGCUUGUGAAAAGACAGGAUUGAUACCAGUUACAUAUAUGAAUAAACAUCUUGGUGAUAAAAAUCUGAGAAUGAGACAUCAUUAUUUGGGUGGAAAUGGAACAAAGCCUAUAGCAAGAGCACUGGAGAUUAACACUAUAACAGAAAAUUUAGAUUUAGCAGACAACUACUUAGAAUCUGAAGGUGCUAAAUAUGUAUCUCGAAUGCUGAAAGACAACAUGUUUAUUGUCACAUUAGAUAUUUCCAAUAAUUUCAUUCAGAGAUCAGGAGUAGCAGCUUUAGGAGACAUGUUAGAAUACAAUACAACACUCAAAACUUUAGCUAUAGCAGGAAACCAGUUAACAGAUGUGGAUGCCUGGCACUUGGUUGAAGCUUUGAAAACGAAUACAUCACUGACAUCUUUAGAUCUUAGUAAUAAUAAUUUUGGAGAAUUGGGUGGAAUUUAUCUUGGAGGGGCACUUGCAUUGAAUGAAGGCUUAUUAGAUUUAGAUCUUAGUUGGAAUUCACUACGCAAUAAAGGUGCUGAAACUAUUGCAAAUGCAUUAAUUAAAAAUGAAACUUUAGAAGUAUUGGAUGUAUCCUGGAAUGGUUUUGGUGAGAGGGGUAUGAAAGAAAUGCAGAAUUCUUUGAAGACCAAUAAGAAACUUAGAGUUCUUGAUCUCAGUAAUAACAGAAUCAACAAGAAAGCUGCCAGUUUGCUCAGUAAUGGUAUCAAACAAAAUACAGGGUUAGAAUCAUUGAUAUUAAAUUUAAAUCCAAUGGGAGACGAGGGAAUGGAGAAUAUCAUAAACAUGGUCAAACUCCAGCCAACACUGACCUACAUAUCUCUAGAGGAAAUGAACUUGUCUCCUGCCAACUACCACAGAAUUUUAGAUCUUCAGAGUGAGAGAGAUAUCAGUAUAUUACACGGUGGAUCUGGGGGAUAUCAGCGAUAUACAUCUCAAACCAGUGUGAUGCGGCUAUUUACAAAGUUCUUAAGAGAACACAGACCUGAAAUAGAGACAGCUUUCCUACAACAGGAUAAAGAUCACAGUGGUAACCUUUCUAGUGAGGAUCUAAAGAUGGCACUGAAAACUGCAGGAUUACGUCUAACAAAUAAACAGCUUGGUAUUUUAUUAGAAGACAUUGAUAUGAACCAUUCAGGAGAAAUCAAAUAUAAAGACAUCCUAAGUGGUACAGCAUUGAUAGGAAAGAGAAAGUCAUCUCAAGUGUAUACACUGGCAGGAUUAGAAAGUAAAAUACAUGUCCUCAGCAAUAGAGGAAAAGAAAUUGGAGUCUCUUGAUUGAUUGUGAAAUUCUUAGUCAUAAAUUAAAUGAAUCUCCUUAGCAACAAGCAGUAGCAGUAUUAAUUGGUUGUUGGGUUUUACUAACAGCUUUGGUUUAUUUAUUUGCUCAUGCUCCAUGUUUGAAUAAAACAUGUGAGAUGAAAGGGGAGUUAUUAGGGGUUCCAGCUUAAUAUUCAUCAAAUUUUACAUGAUUUUUAAAAAAGUAAGGAUAAAACCCAGAACCCCCUAUCUAGAUCUACUGCCAAGGCCCUAUUGGAUGGAUGAAUCCUCUGUCAGAAGUCAAUGUUUAGAAAAUUGCUAAAUACCCAAUGUGCUUACUAUUCUUUGGUCAUACCUUCUGAUGUUAAAGUAUUUAUCCUGUUAGUGUUUGCAUUUACGAAAAGGGCCAGAUAAUUUCACAAAAGAUAUUUAAUCUUUAAACAAAAUUUUACAGUUAAAAUUGUAUAGUGCUUCUCAUACAACAGCACAUCUUAUAGAAGUCAGUUUCAAGCAUUUGCCUAGCACUGUUAAGGCUUUGUCUUGUCACACUAUCUAUUGCUAUAAUGCUUUACCCAAAUGCAGUUGACUUCAAACUGAUAAACAGGUAAAGCAUUUCAGAUCAUUUUAUAAGUAAAAAAGCUGUCCAUAUGACACUAAUGCAGUGAUUUAGAAAGUAUUAUUACCAUCCAAUUUCAGUGAUUAUCUGUCUGUCUGAGGAAAAUUUGUCUUGUGUCCUCAAUUUUUUUUUAGCAUAUUGUGUUACAAUCUCUGUUAUUCCGUCCUUCCAUCCAACCUAUGGUAAUACCUAAAUUCAACAGCUGUCUUGCCUUUUUUGUAAUGCCUGUACAUAGUGAGCUGAUAUUUGGUCUGUAGUUAUAUAAUGGUGAGGUUACAUAUCAAAUUUGGGUUUUCUUCAUUGAUGACCCAUUUUUUCCCAGAAUUACAGCCCUUGGAUUAAAUAUUUGUUAAUGAAAAUUGUACUUGUCAACACUUUAUUUUAAAUUAAGUUAAUUUUCUGCUUUAUGAUUUGUAUGAUGGUGAGGUACACAUCCAAUUAGAGAAGUGUUCAGUAUUACAAAUAUUAUACAGAAUAAUGUGUCUUUUGCUCCAUGAAAAAUGUACUUGUCUGGACUUUUUUCAUUUGGCCUAUUCCUUUAUAUGUAUUGCAAGAAAAAGGUAUGUUUAACCAUUUUGCAGCAGGCAAGGGGAUUUGUGUUGACCAUACACAAUUAACAUUAUUUGUUAAAAAAAUGUAUUCAAAAAUUAUGCAAAUAAAAUGUAUUUGUUGAAAUGUCCAAACAUGGUUUUUAUAGUUUGUAAGUUUUUUUUAUAAGCUGCUAUACACUAGUAUUAUUUUACAUGCCUUUAACAAUCCAGUAUGCUAUUUUUUAAAUUAGAUUUAUUUUUUAUAAAUAGUGCCUAUGUAAAUACAUUAUGUCAAUAUGUAACCAUUGACAACUAUGCAAAUAAUUUGUUACAGUGUAAUCUAGUCUGUGAUACAAAUGUUAGGCCAAAUAUUAUCGAUGAAUUAUUUAAUAACACAUGUGAUAGAUGUCAUUCAGUUUUUGCCUUUUCAGGAAAUAAUUUGUAGAGAGGGUUUGAAGCACGAGGGGGAGGGGGGAGUCUUCCAAUAUGAAGGUAUACUAAGAUGUGCAUUUGGAAUUGGUCAUUUUUUGAUAUCUCAAAUAUAUCAACGGGUUGUUAUUUCACUAAGGUAAACUGUCAAUGGUCAGCUGCACCUCUGUACCAAAAAUCCCAUGUUGAGAACCCCCCCCUCCCGGGUUUGAAGGUACUUCAAAUCAGUUUUAUAUAAAAGAAAAUAAGCAAAUUAGAUUUAUAUCAAUUCUUUCUGCCCUUACAUUUGUUUCAGGAACUGCAUUGUUUGUUUUUCAAUAUAUGAUUUGUCUUCCACUCACCAAGAUGUUACAUAGGGAGUUUAACCCUGACAUAUGUUAAUGUCUGAUCAGAAACAGGUACCUUUACAGUGCAGUUGUUAGUGUUUUUUGUCCACUUAAAUAUGGGAUCAUCAGUCUAUGUUGAAAUUAUUCUUAACAGACCUAGUCUUGGUCUAUUUAGGUCUUACCAUGUGGUUGAAAACUAUUCUGAAUGCUUAUGACCAUAUUAUGACCUCCUGUUGGCUUACUUGAUUAUCAACAUAUUUGAUGGUGUUUAUCAGCUCUCUUAUUGAUAUUUACAUUACAACUUUUCUUCACAUUUGUUGAUUUAAUAGUAAUACAUAGUAAAAUGUGACUUUUAAUGUUUUUAUAAAGAACUGUCAUCUGUAGAAAGGGGUAUAAAGAGGUGUGGGUAUGUGGUUCUAGCCUAAUUUCUUUUGAUUUUUUUGUGAUUUUAAGAAAGAUUUCCAAAAUAAGAGCAAACUCACUCCUAGAUUGACCCUCUCCCUCAUCUGCCACUGUCUAUGAUAUAAAUUAGUAAAUUUUCUAUCUAUUUUUAAUACAUAUUAUAAUCAAGUAAAUGAAAAUAUACAUGCUACUUUCUGAAAGGAGAAGGUCCGGUAAGGGCUAGUUUUGGCCUAAAAUUCGAACAUCUGAUGAAAGAUUUUUGACAUUUUUUAAAUGCUUAAGUGUCUACUUCAGUCGAUUCAAUUAGUUUAUGUAGAAGAUUUGAACUGAUUUGGUCAUUAAAGACACUCAAAUGCAAGCUUUAAUAUGAAAAAUCUAUCAAAUAUGCCAUAAAACAUCACUUUUCAGAUGGUUUUUGUCUAAAUGUAAGUGGCCGCAUUUGUGUUCAGUCUCAACCUUUAUAUAUGUUAUAUAUUAUCAUCAAAUGCAACAUACAUUUAAACAUAAAGACUGAACACAAUUGAGGCCACUUCCAUUUUAGACAAAAACCGUGUUAAAAUUAGCACAAAUGCUAAAAUUGUGAAGAUUUCAGUAAUUUUGCAUGAAUUUAUGAUGCUAGUACCUGAUGCAUGUCCAUUGUAUUGUCAAAAACAGCCCAUAUUUAUGGAACACAAGUAUUUUAUUUUCCAAUAAAUAUAUGAUUACCAUGUUGUUUUAGGUUACAAGAAAUAUCCCUUUUUCAUUUCUUUGUGUAUUCAGGUCAAUCAUUUUAGUGAAUAAUGCAAGUAGGUGUUUUGAAAGUACACACUAAUUAAUAUACUAAAACAAAUGCACUGUGAUUGACUCUAAAACUAGAAACUUAUAUUAUGUAAACAUACACAAACGAAUUCAGAGUUGUGUAGAAAGAUUCCAAUGUUGAUUCUUCUAAACUAAACCAUGUUUCCUCAUCUAGUUGUUUUUUUCUAAAAAAAAAAUCCCUAAAUAUAUUCAAAACCCUGUUCAAUGUAAUUUUAUGGUAAGUUACUAACAGUAUCAUUUCAUUAUACAUAUUAUUUUUUAGAUAAUUCAUAGUAUUAAAAACUCAGGUAUCAUGUAUCAUAGUUUUCUACACAUGGUGUUAAGUGGUAUUUAUUUUCAAUAUGUAGUUUUUAACAGUUUUCAUCAAUUUGUUUGCAUUUAUCUACAAGCUAUUGUCUCAUGCGUAUUUACUUGACCGAUUGUAAUGUAUAACCUUAGAAAACUGAUGUGAAUUUCACUGCUUUUUGUUAAAGAAGUAAUUAAAUGUCCAAGUAUUGUUAUACUCAUCAAUGAAACACACAAAGUUUAUACCCGUCUUUCUUUAAUUGCAAAAAAAGUAUUACAUUAUGAGUUGAGCAUUAAAAAUAAACUGUCUCAGUAAAUUUA